AUGGCCCAUCACCCAAUUCACGAAGCCAAUGAGAGCAGCCCUUAUGGGAACCUAACAAAGGAGGAGUUUUACCAGAAACAUCACAUAUUCCACCAUGAAACCUUCAUGCUUAAUAAACAUAACAUGAAGAUAUUCACCCAAUCUUGGCAGCCUGCAGGCUCAAAUUCCCAGCUCAAAGGGGUUGUGGGCAUGAUUCAUGGAUACACCUCCGAGAGUGGGUGGCUCUUUGAACUAAGCGCAGUAGGGAUAGCGAAAGCCGGAUUCUUGGUUUGUUCACUUGACCUGCAAGGCCAUGGAUUCUCGGAAGGCCCUCGUGAUCACAUCACCGAUGUUCAGUCCUUAGUCCAUGAUUGCCUCCAGUAUUUCGACUCUGUUCGAGCCCAUCACCCCAACCUCCCACAUUUCCUCUACGGCGAGUCAUUAGGCGCUGCAAUCGCCAUACUCAUAUGCCUGCACCAGAAAAAAGCGUGGAAUGGUUUGAUAGUGAGUGGAGCUAUGUGUGAAAUAUCAAGCAAGUUCAAACCUGUUUGGCCGCUGGAGAAGCUGCUCCCACCUGUUGCUUUCGUUGCGCCAUCUUGGAGGAUACCGAUCACAAGGCCACCAGCCAGUCGAUCCUACCGGGAGAAUUGGAAGAGAAAGCUGGUGGAAAGAAGCCCAAAUCGGCGAACCAGCGGGAAGCCAACUGCAGCGACGGCAUUGCAGCUCCUGAGAGUGUGUGAAUAUAUAAAGCGAAAUUGCCAUGAAGUGGAAGCGCCGAUGCUGGUUCUGCAUGGUGGAGAGGACAUGAUUUGCGACCCUGACGGGGCAAAACACCUGUAUGAAUCAGCAAGCAGCAAGGACAAGAGUUUGAAGAUCUUCCCAGGCAUGUGGCACCAGUUGAUCGGCGAACCAAAUGAGAGUGCUGAGAAGAUUUUCGACACCAUAUUGUCAUGGAUAGAAGUCAGAGCUGGUUUGUUUAACUGA